AUGACCUUCCCAUAUCCUCUCCUCGGGCCUGACUGCUACGGACUGGGCGUCCCCAAGCCUCGUCGCGAGUCGAAUCCACGCCAUCUGGACCCGGCCCAUGUGGAAGCCGUCUUUCAAAAGAUAAGAUUGCACCAAGACGAGACGAACAAGGAGUCGAGUUCGAGGGCGCAUAUAGGAUGGAGGCAGAGAUUCUCACGAAGAUUCAGUCGCGGGUGA